AUGCUAAAUACAAUCAGUUCAAUUGGAAACAUCCAACGAAAAAAUCUAUCACAAACAUUAUUUCAAAAUUCUCGACAUCAAUUGUCUAUAGAACAUUCUAAAACUGGAUACGUUGCUUUUACAAACAAGAAUCUAUCACUUCUUUCUGUCGAUCAUCAUUCAAUACAAUCUAAUAGUGAUCAUGCUUUAGAUGAUAAUCAUGAUGAUAAUGAUCAAACAAGAAGAACAUUGAAUUCGAGUAGUACACUAAGUCAUGUUACAGUAAAUGAUGAUUAUCGUAGAACAACAAAUAAUGAACGUCAAUGUUCAUUGACACAAAUGUUGCUUGCAUAUGUACAACAAGAUAUAGAAAUAUUGACAAGUCUUACACCAACACGCUCAAAUAGUAAUCUUAAUAAUAUAUUAAAUGUACUUGAACUUCAUUUUAAUACGUAUGCUGAUGAUAAACGACAAAUAUAUUUUGAAGGUAUCUUUCAAAUUCUACAUGAUUUUAAAGAACCAAUAACUGAAUUAAUAUUAAUUGAAACGAUGCAAUUAUUACAGAUUGAUCCUCUUGCUUCAUGUAAUUUUGAAAGUUUUAUUCUUAUUUUAUGUCAUUUACCUCCUAUUAAACAAGAUCCUAAUAAUUUUUUCAUUACAUUCAAUGAACUUGACUAUAAUAAAGAUUUCUAUAUAACUUUUGAAGAUAUUCAAUAUGUAUUACCAUAUCUGACAUCUCGUUUUGACCCAGAAAUUAUUCGUACAGCAAUUCAUACCAUAGAUAUUGAUCAUGAUAAUGAUCGUUUAUCAUACUUUGAUUUUGUCACGAGUCUUCUAUUAUUACAAGAGUGCGAAUUAAGUAUGAAAACAAAAACAAAUACAACAACAACUAAUGGAAAUGCAACAGUACCUUGUUCUAUUCCAUCUUUUUAUUCAUCAGCAAUUAUUGUUGCGGGUGGAAGUAGUUCCGGUUCUCAACCUCAACAAUUAAGUUUACCUUAUGGAUUAUAUGUUGGUUUGAAUGAUUCAGUUUAUGUUGCUGAUGUUGGAAAUGAUCGAAUUCAAUUGUGGUUAUCAAGUGCUGUUCAAGGUAUUACUGUAGCUGGUGGACAAGGUUAUGGUUCAAAUGCUACACAAUUAGAUGGUGCUCGAGAAGUCUAUGUAGAUUCAGCUAACAAUUUAAUCGUCUUAGAUACCGGAAAUCGACGUAUACAACAAUAUAAUCUAUUGUCUGGUUCAACAAUUAGUACAACUAUUAUGUCAAAUUUACCAUUGAGUUGUCGAAAUAUGUUUGUUGAACCGAUAACAGGUACAAUUUAUUUAUCAGAUAUGUACAAUCAUAAUGUUCUUCGUAUGCCAAAUGGAACAAUCCUAGCUGGAGGCAAUGGAUUUGGGUCACAACCAAAUCAAUUAUAUUAUCCAGCAGGUCUCUUUGUGACGCCGAUAGAAACAAUCUAUGUUGCUGAUUCAUUCAACGAUCGAGUGCAAAUGUGGAUAUCUGGUGCAAGUGUUGGUAUUACUGUUGCUGGUGGAAAUGGUCGUGGUUCUGCAGCUAAUCAGUUAAAUUCACCUAUGCAUGUCAUUUACAUGGCAUCAACUGGUAACUUAAUUGUAACUGAUAGUGGAAAUGGACGUAUUCAAAUUUGGGCACCCCAUGCUACAUGUGGUAUUACAGUUGUUAGUAAUCAAUUUAUGUAUCCAAUGUCUAGUGCAUUGGAUUUAAUGGGACAAAACUUAUACGUACUUGAUCAAGUACGUGGCCAAGUCAAACGAUUUAAUCUUCUUUCAAGCAAUAACUUAUGUAUUCCUGCUAAUUGCUCUAUCAUUGCACCAUCAAUAACAACAACAGCCACUGCACCUACUACGGUAGUGUCUAGCACAUCUUCUCCAGUAUCAGGAAAUAAGACCUUAACAACGGAACAAGUGGAUGGAAUAAUUCCAUCGUGGGGUAUUGUAGUACUUACUGUUGGUACUGUAGCAUUAGUUGUCAUUGUAUCAUUCAUAUAUGUUCUUAAGACAGUGAUCACACCGCAAACGAAAGUCGAACCAUUUGUUUAA